GGUGCAGUUAGCCACACUCGAAGUUGUGAGUUUUUUCUCUGCUUGGGCUUUGUGCGAGAGAUAGAAGGAGGAUUUGGCGUCCGUGAGUGCUUAUAAAAACACUUUAUAACGAAACAAAAGUGUCACAUCAAGGAAGAGUUACCCGUGGAAUAAUAAUAAUAAUAAUAAUAAAAUAAACAGUCUUGCUGACCCCACCCUGAAAACUGGUCAAGUGCGUGGGGGAGCAGAGUCAAAAUGAGUUAUACACACCCACGCUUCAAUCAGUCAGCCGCUGCUGUCGCGGCUCCACUCUCCAACUCCUCUCUCGACCCGGAUAAGGACGCAGAAAUGCCGGCCACGGAGAAGGACCUUGCAGAGGACGCUCCUUGGAAGAAGAUCCAGCAGAACACCUUCACUCGCUGGUGUAACGAGCACCUGAAAUGCAUCAACAAGCGGAUCGCCAACCUGCAGACGGACCUGGGCGAUGGACUACGGCUCAUAGGGCUCAUUGAAGUCCUGAGCCAGAGGAAGAUGUUCCGAAAGUACAACCAGCGCCCCACGUUCCGCCAGAUGCAGCUGGAAAACGUCUCAGUGGCGCUCGAGUUCCUGGAGAAAGAAAAUAUCAAACUCGUUUCAAUCGACUCCAAGGCGAUCGUUGACGGGAAUCUGAAGCUGAUUCUGGGGCUGAUAUGGACACUGAUCCUGCACUACUCCAUCUCCAUGCCCAUGUGGGACGAGGAGCAGGAGGAGGACCAGGGCAAGCAGAAGACCCCGAAGCAGAGGCUGCUGGGAUGGAUCCAGAACAAAGUACCGGACCUGCCUAUCGCCAACUUCAGCCGCGACUGGCAGACGGGCCAGGCUCUGGGUGCUUUGGUGGACAGCUGUGCCCCAGGGCUGUGUCCGGACUGGGACGCCUGGGACAAGGAGAAACCAGUGGACAAUGCCCGAGAGGCCAUGCAGCAAGCGGACGAUUGGCUGGGAAUCCCUCAGGUCAUCACUCCAGCCGAGAUCGUAGAUCCAAACGUGGACGAGCACUCGGUGAUGACCUACCUGUCCCAGUUCCCCAAAGCCAAGCUGAAGCCCGGGGCCCCCCUGCGCCCCAAACUCAACCCCAAAAAGGCCCGUGCAUACGGACCAGGCAUUGAGCCCACUGGUAACAUGGUGAUGAAGAAGGCGGUGUUUACCGUGGAGACGGUCAGUGCUGGGAGUGGGGAGGUGCUGGUGUACGUGGAGGAUCCCGCCGGGCACCGUGAGGAGGCUAAAGUCACGGCCAACAAUGAUAAGAACCGCACCUACUCUGUGUUCUACGUCCCUAAAGUCACAGGACCCCACAAGGUGACAGUGCUGUUUGCCGGGCUGCACAUCUCAAAGAGCCCCUUCUCAGUGGAAGUUGGGGCGUCUAGGGGAAACGCUAGCCAGGUGACCGCACAGGGCCCUGGCCUGGAGCCCACGGGGAACGUCGCGAACAAAACCACUCACUUCGACAUCUACACCGCAGGUGCUGGGGAGGGCGAGGUGCAGGUGCAGAUCAUGGACCCGCGGGGCAGGAGGGACACUGUGGUGUGUCAGCUGGAGGACAAGGGGAACAGCAGCUACCGCUGCAACUACAGGCCUACCCAGGAGGGGGCGCACACCAUCCACAUCACAUUCUCUGGGGCAGAGAUCCCCAAGAGCCCCUACACCGUCACUGUGGGGGAAGCCAGUAACGCCAACACCUGCCGGGCGAAGGGCCGAGGGCUGCAGCCGAAGGGGGUGCGGGUGCGGGAGGGGGCCGACUUCAGGGUCUACACCAGAGGAGCCGGGAGCGGGGAGCUGAAGGUCGCCAUCACAGGACCGAAGGGUGUGGAGGAACCCUGUAAGAGGGCAGAUCUCGGCGAUGGGGUGUACGGCUUUGAGUAUUACCCCACCACACCUGGAAACUACAGCAUCUCUAUAACCUGGGCAGGACAGCACAUACCGCGCAGCCCGUUUGAGGUGAAGGUGGGGCCGCAGGCCGGACUGCAGAGAGUGCGAGCGUGGGGUCCGGGUCUGGAGAGCGGGGCGGUGGGCAGGUCCGCUGACUUUGUGGUGGAGGCCAUCGGGGAAAACGUUGGUACUCUUGGGUUCUCUGUGGAAGGCCCGUCUCCGGCAAAAAUCGAGUGUGACGACAAGGGUGACGGGUCAUGUGACGUGCGGUACUGGCCAACGGAACCUGGCGAGUAUGCAGUGCAUGUCCUCUGCAACAACCAGGACAUCCUGCACAGCCCCUUCAUGGCUGAGAUCCAGCCUGCUCCUGCAGACUUCCACCCAGAGAAGGUGAAGGCUUAUGGUCCAGGUGUCCAAGGUGGUGGAGUGGCAGUGAACAGACCUGCAGAGUUCACGGUUGAUGCUACACAGGGAGGCACGGCUGCCUUGAAGAUACAAGUGCAGGAUGGCCAGGGCGAGCCGGUGGACGUGCAGGUGAAGGAUAAUGGGAACAGGACGUACAGCUGCAGCUACACCCCCUGCCAGCCGCUCAAACACACGGUCAUGGUGUCCUGGGGUGGGGUCAAUAUCCCUGACAGCCCAUACAGGGUGAAGGUUGGAGCUGGCUGUCACCCCAACAAGGUGAGGGUUUCUGGUCCUGGGGUUUCCAAGACUGGACUGAAGGCAUUUGAAUCUACUUAUUUCACUGUGGACUGCACAGAGGCUGGCCAAGGUGAUAUCAGCAUUGGGAUAAAAUGUGCCCCUGGGGUAAUGGGGCCUGCCGAGGCUGACAUCGACUUUGACAUCAUUCGAAACGACAACGACACCUUCACCGUCAAAUACACCCCCCCCGGAGCUGGGAGUUACACCAUCAUGGUGUUGUUUGCCGACCAGGCUGUCCCCAUGACUCCCAUCCGGAUCAGGGUGGAUCCCUCUCAUGACGCCGGCCGGGUGAUGGCUGAGGGCCCGGGGCUGAGCAGGAGGGGUGUGGAGCAGAACGUGCCCACCCACUUCACCGUGUCUGCCCAGGGGGCCGGCAGGGCCACGCUGGACGUCCAGUUCACCUCCGCCGCCAACGGCGACGCGGUCUGCGACUUUGACAUCAUCAGUAACCAUGACAACACGCACACUGUUAAAUACACGCCUGUGCAGAAGGGUAACAUGGGUGUGAACGUAACCUAUGGCGGAGAUUCCAUACCCAGAAGCCCCUUCUCUGUUCCUGUGGUUCCUUCACUGGAUCUGAGUAAGAUCCAGGUGUCCGGCUUUGGAAGUGAGAUGCCAGUGGGUAAAGACAAGGAGGUCAUGGUGAAGAGUGCCGGGGCUGGAGGUCAGGGCAAAGUGGAGGCUCAGGUGGUGGGUCCGAGCAGCAGGCCGGUGCCGAGCUCGGUGGAGCGGGGUCCGGAGCCCGAGACCAGCCGGGUCCGGUUCAUUCCCCGCGAGCCCGGCACCUACCAGGUGGAUCUGACGUACGACUCUGCCCCCAUCCCUGGGAGCCCCUUCCACGCACAGGCCGUGCCCCCCCCGGACCCCUCCAAGGUUCGCUGUUCAGGCCCAGGUUUGGAGCGGGCUCGGGUGGGUGAGACGGGCCAGUUUGUGGUGGACUGCACCACUGCCGGCCCGGCAGAACUCACCAUAGAGAUCAUCUCCGAGAACGGCAAGGAGGCAGAGGUCCACAUUCAGGACAACGGCGACGGCACCUUCUCCAUCACCUACACGCCCCUGUACCCUGGCGCCUACACCCUCACCAUCCGCUACGGUGGCCAGAACGUGCCAAACUUCCCCACCACCCUGCACGUGGACCCUGCUGGGGGCGCCCCGGGGGUCAUGGCUUUCGGGCCUGGAGUGGAAGGCAAGGGAGUGUUCUGUGAGGCCCGGGCGGGGUUCACUGUGGACGCCCGUGCGGUGAGCCCCUGUGGGGGGGGGGACCUCAGGACCCACAUCAGAAGCCCCUCAGGCGCCCGCUCUGACGCCCUCAUUCAGGACCGGGGGGACGGCACCUACCAGGUGGAAUACACGCCCUACGAGGAGGGGGUGCACGGUGUGGAAGUGACGUACGAUGGCGUUCCUGUGGCCGGAAGCCCGUUCCGUGUGCCGGUCACAGAGGGCUGUGAUCCCACGCAUGUGCGUGUCCAUGGGCCCGGCCUGCGCGCAGGAAUCACCAACACGCCCAACCGGUUCACUGUGGAAACCCGGGGCGCUGGGACGGGGGGGCUGGGGCUGGCAGUGGAAGGCCCAUCUGAAGCGAAGAUGUCCUGUGUGGACAACAAAGAUGGCAGCUGCAGUGUGGAGUACGUCCCCUUCCAGCCUGGAACCUACAACCUCAACAUCACCUACGGGGGCCGGCCCGUCAGCGGAAGCCCUUUCUCAGUUCCGGUGUACGACAUGGUGGACCCCUCCAAGGUCCGGUGUGAGGGGCCAGGACUGGGCCCUGGUGUCAGGGCCAGCGUCCCCCAGAGCUUCAGCGUGGAUGCCAGCAGGGCCGGGGGGGACGCUCCCCUGCAAGUGGCGGUGCAGGGGCCCAAAGGGGUCCAGGAGCCAGUAGAGGUGGUGGACAAGGGAGACCAGACGUACGCGGUGCGCUACCUCCCGUCCAGAGAGGGCCCUUACUGCGUCAGCGUGCUCUACGGCGACCAGGCUGUCCCACACAGCCCAUACAGUGUGGCAGCUCUGCCUGCACAUGAUGCCAGUAAGGUUCGGGCCAGCGGGCCCGGCCUGGAUGCGGGUGGAGUGCCAGCCAGCCUCCCGGUGGAGUUCACCAUCGAUGCCACGGACGCCGGGGAAGCUCUGCUGGGCGUUCAGAUAACGGACUCUGAGGGCAGACCUAAAAAGACGAACAUUCGGGAUAACCAUGACGGGACGUACCUGGUCUCCUACGUGCCUGACGCAGUGGGCCACUACGCCAUCGUUCUGAAAUACGGGGGAGACGACACGCCCUCCUCGCCGUACUGCGUCAGGGCCCUGCCCACGGGAGACGCCACCAAGUGCACAGUCUCAGUCUCCAUUGGUGGACGUGGUCUGGGAGCAGGCCUGGGCCCCUCCCUGCAGAUGGGGGAGCAGGCAGUGAUCACGGUGGAUGCUCGGGCGGCCGGGCCGGGGUUGGUGACCUGCAGCGUGCGCACGCCGGACGGAGCCGAGCUGGACGUGGACGUGCUGGACAACGGCGACGGGACCUUCGACGUGCGCUACACCGCGCAGCAGCCAGGGAGCUACACGCUCUGCGUGCGCUUUGGGGGCGAGCUCAUCCCCAACAGCCCCUUCCACGUCACAGCUGUGGACAGGCUGAAUGGGGCAGGCCUGUCCAGGCUCAGGCCUGUUGACCUGGUGGUUCCCCUGGCCCUGGAGGAAGGAGACAUCUCAGGGGAGGUGAGAAUGCCUUCGGGCCAGGUGUCCAAGCCGGACAUCCUGGAUAACAGAGACGGGACUGUGAACAUCAGAUACGCCCCCACGGAGCUGGGGCUCCACCACAUGGACAUCAAAUCCGAUGACAGCCACAUCCCAGGAAGUCCCCUCCAGUUCUACGUGGACUACGUCAGCAGCGGUCACGUGACCGCGUACGGGCCUGGGCUGAUCCACGGCGCGGUUGGCAAGCCCGCCGUCUUCACGGUCGACACGACAGAAGCGGGAGAAGGCGGACUGUCUCUGGCCAUCGAGGGUCCGUCCAAAGCAGACAUUAGCUGUGUGGACAAUGAGGACGGCACCUGCACGGUGUCCUACCUGCCUGUCUCACCUGGGCCGUACAACGUCCUCGUCAGAUACAACGAGCAGCACGUCCCCGGGAGCCCCUUCCUGGCCCGGAUCACUGGGGAGGGGUCGAUGCGGAGGACCAUCGGCUCGGCGGCCGACAUCCCUCUCGACAUCGGGGAGCUGGACCUGAGUCAGCUGACCGUGUCCCUGACCACGCCCUCCGGCCGUGAGGAGCCCUGCGCCUUCAAACUGCUGCGCAACGGUCACAUGGGGGUGUCCUUCGUGCCCCGGGAGAUUGGCGAUCACCUGGUCAACAUAAAAAAGGAGGGCAGCCACAUCCCCAGGAGCCCCAUCACGGUGAACAUCAGCCGGUCGGAGUUCGGCGACGCCGGGCAGGUGAAGGUGUUGGGGCGGGGCCUGAGCGGGGGACGCACAUCCGAGCCUGCGGAGUUCACCAUCGACACGUCCGCAGCCGGUUAUGGAGGCCUCAGUCUGUCCAUCGAAGGCCCCAGUAAAGUGGACCUCCACACAGAGGACCAGGAGGAUGGAGUGUGCAGGGUCACCUACUGUGCCACCAAGCCAGGAAAUUACAUCAUCACCAUCAAGUUUGCUGACCAGCAUGUUCCAGGAAGUCCGUUCACGGCGAAGGUCAGUGGCGAGGGCAGAACCACAGAGAGCCUCACCAGACUCAGGAGCGCCGCCGCUGUGGCCAGCGUGGGCAGCCCGUGUGACCUCAGCCUGAAGAUCCCAGAGAUCAACAUGGCCGACAUGACAGCCCAGGUGACUGGGCCUUCGGGGAAAGUCCACGAAGCAGAGAUCAUGGAAGGGGAGGACCACACCUACAGCAUCCGCUUUGUGCCCACGGAGAUGGGAGUGCACAGCGUCAGCGUGAAGUGCCAGGGCCUCCACGUCCCGGGGAGCCCCUUCCAGUUCACCGUGGGGCCCCUGGGGGAGGGCGGGGCCCACAAGGUCCGUGUUGGGGGCCCCGGGCUGGAGAGGGCCGAGGCUGGAGUACCAGUGGAGUUUAGCGUUUGGACUAGAGAGGCGGGGGCUGGGGGCCUGGCCAUCUCCGUGGAAGGACCGGGCAAAGCCGACAUCACCUUCGAAGAGCGCAAGGAUGGGUCCAGCGGUGUGUCGUACGUGGUGCAGGAGCCAGGAGACUACGAGGUGUCGGUCAAGUUCAACGAGGAGCACGUUCCCGACAGCCCCUUCCUGGUGGCCGUGACCCCGUCCUCAGAGGACGCCCGACGCCUCACCGUGGCCAGCCUGCAGGAGUCGGGCCUGAAGGUGAACCAGCCGGCAUCCUUCUCAGUGAGUUUGAACGGGGCCCGAGGCACCAUGGACGCCAUCGCCCAUGGCCCCUCUGGAUCCCAGGAGGACUGCACCGUCACCCAGAUCCAUGAGGACGAGUAUGCCGUGCGCUUCAUCCCACGGGAGAACGGGAUCCACGUCAUCGAUGUGAAGUUUAACGGCACCCACAUUCCUGGCAGCCCCUUCAAGAUCCGGGUCGGUGAUCCAGGCCAGGCUGGGGACCCGGGCUUGGUGUCUGCCUACGGGGCUGGACUCGAGGGCGGGACUACAGGCUCUCCAUGCGAGUUCAUCAUAAACACCAGCUCGGCAGGGCACGCCACCCUGGCUGUGACCAUAGACGGCCCCUCCAAGGUGAAGAUGGACUGCCAGGAGUGUCCAGAGGGCUACAGGGUCACCUACACCCCCAUGGCCCCUGGGAACUACCUUAUCUGCAUUAAAUACGGGGGACCCUACCACAUAGUGGGGAGCCCUUUCAAGGCCAAGAUCACCGGUCCUCGGUUGGUCAGCAGCCACAGUGCACACGAGACUACCUCAGUGCUGAUGGAAGCGGUCUCGUACAGUACCACCACAAGCCAGCAGGGGUCAGCAUGGCCGGCUCCCUAUGCCAGCCGUGUAGUAGCCAAGGGCUUGGGCCUGUCCAAGGCCUUCACAGGCCAGAAGAACAGCUUCAGUGUGGACUGCAGCAAAGGAGGGCGUGGCAUGCUGCUGGUGGGGGUGGAAGGGCCCUCUGUGCCCUGCGAGGAGGUGGUGAUCAGACAUGUGGGGAGCCGCCUGUACAACGUCACCUACCUGCUGAAGCAGAAGGGCGAGUACACGCUGGUGGUGAAGUGGGCCGAUGGCCACAUCCCAGGGAGCCCCUUCCACAUCACCGUGUGACCCUGCGACACCCCUCUCCCCUUUCCCCUUCCAUCCUUAUCACACUCUCCCCUUAAUCUUACUCACCAGAGAGGGAGAACUGGGGUGUAAUUUCACUGAAUAUCUACUGCACUAGUCUAGAACUGUUUGGUUUUCUCAACUUUUUCAAAAUGUUUUUUAAAGAGUCUGUUAAAACUAUUUUAUUUAAGCCAAAGGGACUCACUAACACACUAAUGUAGAAUUUGAUGGUUAUGACCCUCUAGGGCACUACUCAGUUUCACCCUAACACUAUGAAAGCAUGUUGAAUUUUAAGAUGUGUUCUGCACACCUGCAAUGUUUCACACUGAUGUUCUGUUAUCAUGGGGAGUGAGGGGGUCAAAUACGCACUUUCUUAGCUCAAACUGUGAUGUUUAGCCAAAGGUGCAAGUUCUGAAUGUUACUUUGACUGUGAGAAAAACGUUUUUAAAACUCAAAGUUUAUUUCCUGCACUUGGAUCGUUGGAUAAGGAAAGGAUAAUUGUGUGCAAAUUGGUAAGUUGUAGCAAUUAACAGAAGAAAGCAUGUAGCAUUAUUGGAGUUGUAAACAUGUGAGAGAGUUUACAGCUAGGAUUGGUUUAACUUAAGCAGCUUAAGGAUAUUAGAAUUCUGAUUUUGCAGGAAGAAAAGUCACAACUCCCUCUUCUGUGUGUCCUUUUAAUGUUUUAAUUGUUUAAUCACUGUCAAAAUAAAAAACACAAAUAUAUGUUUUAUGAGAUGGGAUAAACUGCUAAACUACUGCAGUAUUUUCUGAUACUCAAUAAAGCUAUCUAAAUGUA